GAUCUGACCGGCUUCAUUUCUGCUCAUGGGAGACUUUGCCUCAUUGCGCCACAAGUUCGAUGAGUUGUUCGAAGAUGUUUCGGAUGGAUCGCCUUUAUAUUUUGUAAAGGCACCUGGUAGACUGAGUAUACUGGGCGAACACAUAGACUACAGUGGGUACGGAGUGUUGGCAUUUGCCAUUGAGCAGGAAAUAUCCGUUGUCUCUAGAGUGAACAGCCUGAAUGUUCUUCGAAUCCGCAAUUUAGAUGCAAACUUCAGCGAACGAGACGUCCGUUGCGCAGACCUGUCUAUUGACCCUAAAAAUAUACAGUGGACUGACUAUGUGCUUUGCGGGUUUCGUGGAGUUGCAGAGAUUAUAAGCAAAGAUAAUAACAAUGGCGACCAUUUGAUGAGCAGUACUCAAGGAGUCGAUUUAUUGGUUUCUGGCAGGGUUCCUAAAUCUGCAGGACUAUCCAGCAGUAGUGCUUUAGUGUGUGCUUCCGCCCUUGCUUUCGCCAGCUGUUUUGGAAAAAUGGAUAUUUCCAGGACGUUUUUGGCAGAUGUUUGCGCCAAAUGUGAAAGAUACGUGGGUACCCAAGGCGGAGGAUUAGACCAAGCAACUUGUCUCCUCUCUGAAAAAGGAAAAGCUCUUGCAAUUGAGUUUAACCCGCUUAAAUCUGAAUGUGUCUCGUUGCCAGAUGGUGCAUGUUUUGUCGUCAUGAACACAUUAGUAGCGAAGAGCAAGGCAAUUUCUCCCGAGUAUAAUGAUCGCGUUAUGGAAUGCAAGUUGGCCGCUUCAAUCAUUGCCAAAUUGAAAAUGGGCGUUGGUUUAGAAUCUUGUUCUUUCCUCACACUCGGAGAAGCUCAUAGGAAAUUGGACGUAUCACUUGAUGAAAUGGUGAACGUAGCCGAAAAUUGCCUGCAAAAAAGAAGCUAUUCAAGAGAGGAGAUUGGGGAGUUAUUAGACAUGCCUUGGAAUGAGAUUGCAUCACAAUUUCCAAAUUUUAACAAGAAUUUGAAGGAAUUCAAGUUGAAACAAAGGGCAAUUCACGUUUACAAUGAAGCGAAAAGAACAACUGAAUGCAUCAACUUAUGCAAAAAUGAUGACCGAAAAAUGACGUGUGAAGAAAAGCUGAAAAGAAUUGGGACUUUGAUGAACGAGUGCCACACAAGUUGCAGUCAGCUGUUCGAAUGCAGUUGCGAUGAGCUGGAUCUGCUGGUCAAAGUGGGACUGGCAGCGGGUGCAUACGGAGUUCAACUCUGUGGCGCAGGGUGGGGAGGCUGUGCCGUUGCGUUAGUUCCUCUGGACUCAGUUGGUGAAUUCCUAAGUGAGGUGAAAUGUAAAUACUACGACGUCGAUGAAUAUCGGUCAGCUCAAUUUGAUCACAACUCCAUGUUUGUGACAUCUCCAUCUGACGGUGCUUCAGUUCUCAAAUGCAUAUCUUAGACUGAACAUACAGCGUUAUCAAAUCGGGUAAUCGGGAUAUAUACUUGGUAGGUUAACAACUUUUUUUGACAAAAUCACUUGAAUCUUUUGAUUGCUUUGCUCAUAAUAAAAUCAAAGUUCUUAGCUUCUGCGAAAGACUUGGUACGAUUGUAACCACUACGGCUAGGAUGG